UGUGGUGUUUUUGUGAAUUUGGAAAUUGACCCUUAAUUGUGACGGUUUGGGAAGGGGCGAAACUGCGGGGAACGGCAGGUAAAGCUCAGCCGUCUUAGAUAAUACAUGGCUUCGCAGGAUGAAAAACAAGCUCAGCCCUUUACAGACAUCUUUGAUGAAGAUGAGGCUGAAAAAUCCUUUCUGUUGUCCAAGCCCACUUGCUUAAUUAUCUUUGGAAAGCCAGGUUCUGGAAAGAAAACGUUAGCUAGAAAACUAGCACAGAGAUGGAAUUGCAUUUUCAUAGAAGCUUCAGAAAUAAUUCAAACAAAUAUUCAUGAAGAAACAGAGUAUGGACUUAAGUGUCAAGAAUUGCUUUUUAGAGGUGAAAGUAUUUCCGAGGAACUGGUUACUGAAAUGGUUCUGCAAAAGCUUGAGUCACCAGAAGUUGCUCAUUUUGGUUAUGUUCUCAGUGGAUUUCCUUCUCUCUCGGAGGAAUACAUGACUGUUUCACAGCAAAUAGAGAAAAUAAAGAAUCUAAAAUUAAAACCGGAUUUCCUGAUUAACAUUAAGUGUCCAGACUAUGACUUAUGCCAAAGAAUAUCAGGACAAAGGCAACACCCUGAUUCAGGGCAGGUAUAUCAGAGGAGCCAGUGGGAUCCUAAAGUUACUGAGAAGCGUAAGAAAGAGAAAAACCAGCAGGAAGAAGAGGAUGAAGAAGAGGAGCAGGAAGAGGAAGAAGAAGAAAAAGGAGAGGAAGAAGAAACUGCAGAAGAUCUACAUAAGAAAGCAGAAUCUUUUCAUCAAUUAGUGCAGAGGCCUGAAGAUAUUCUUGAAAAUGCAGAGAAAAGACUUGGAACAUAUAAGGAUAUAAUGCUUCAUCCUCUAGAAGAAUUGAUGGCUGAACAAGAUUGUCAAUAUCUUAUUGAAGUGGAUGGAAAUCAGCAACCAGAUGAUCUCUUUGAGUCAGUGGUAAUUCAACUUCAGUCUAUGGAUGUUCGAAAUGCAGCUCCUAUAAUUCGACUACAAAGUGAACAAGAAGAAGAAACGCUGGGGGGAAAGAAAAAUGAUGAACUUUUCCGUGUUCUGUCAUCUUACAAUCUAAUAGCACCCAGAUACCGAUGGCGUAGAAGCAGAUGGGGACAAGCAUGUCCCGUGGCUCUAAAGGAAGGUGACAUUGUAAUGGGAAACCCAGACUUUGCUGUCAGUUUUCUAGGUAAAAUGUACGUACUGUCAUCCCCAGAGGCAUUGAAAACAUUUAUGUUGAAUCCACGGCCUUAUCUCUUACCACCAAUGCCGCUUCCUCCUUGCAAAGUAUUAGUAUUUGGUCCUCCAUUCUCUGGAAGAACAACUAUUUGUAACCUAAUCGCGCAGAAAUAUAAAGGAAAGGUUCUUGAUAUGGCCAAACUCAUUCAACCCCAUAUAGAAGAAUCAAGAGAAAAAAACACUGAGCAAGUGCAAAGGGAUGCAGUAGAAAAGGCUAUAACAGCAGUGAAAAAUAGGUUGGAAUUAGAAGAACAGUCAGGAGAAACAGGAAUAUCAGAGAUAACUGCUGACCACCCAGAAGUUCAAGCGAUGGUAGAAGAAGCCAUGAAAAGUGCAUCAGUCUCUGAAGCUACACUGCCACCUCAAAUAUAUGCUGAAAUACUGGAGGCAGCUAUUGCAGAGCUAAUGAAGAAGAACAAAGACAGGUUUCCUGGCGCUCCGGAAAAAGGAGGAUGGGUAGUGGAUAACUACCCUCUGUCAGUAGAUCACUGGUCAGCUUUAUCAGAAAAACGACUCCUACCCGACACUGUUAUCUGUCUGAAGCAUACGGAAAAAGAUGAAAUCACGCUACCCAAGUUUGCAGAGGAUGCUUUUCCAGAUACACAAGAAAUGGAUACAAUUAAAAAGAAGAUUGAACUUUUCAUGCAUGAUUGGCAAACAGUGGAAUCAGAAAUCAAGAACUCAUCUCUAGUUCAAGUUGUUGUUCUAGAGAUCGCUGAGCAAACUCCAGAAAGUCUGCUCAAUCAAGCAGUGCUGGUUAUGGAAAAACCUUUUAAGUAUCACGUUUGGGAAUUAUCUGCUGAAGACUUAGCGGAGGAAGCAGAAGAUCUGGCUGCUGAACAAGAAAAUGAGGUAGAUGAAGAAGAAGUUGAAGAAGAGGAAGAAGAAAAUGAAGAAGAUGAAGAAACAAUUAAGCAAAAGAAAAGGCACAUGGGAGAUACAAAACACUUUUGUCCAGUCAGUCUGAAAGAGCACUUUGUCCUCCACCCUGGACUCCAGGAACAUGCAGCUAAAUAUAAAGAAAAUAUUUAUUACUUUUCAAGUUCUGAGUACAGAGAUAAAUUUUUGAAGAACCCUGAAGAAUAUGUGGCUCACAAUGAACCGAUACAAGCUCCUCCUUUACGGGUGUGUUUACUUGGGACUCAUGGAGCAGGUAAAACUACUUGUGCACGACAGAUAGCAGACAAAUUAGGCAUUUUUCAUAUUCAGUUUGAAGAAUAUCUACAGGAAUUGAUCUUACCCAAAACUAGAAGGAAAGUUGGGCCCCAGUUUGAUGAAGAACAUGAAGAAGAUGACAAUAAAAUACCAGUCCUAUCAGAGGAACUAGAAGACUUCUCUCAGACAAUUACUAAAACUGAGACAGAAAAAAGCAAACAGGAAGAGGUGUUAACUGAUGAGGAAGAGGCAAUCAAAGCAAAUCUAAUGGAUAGUAAGGAACUGCCUCCAGAAGUCCUUGAUAACAUUGCUUUUGACUGGUGGAAGAAAGAGCCAUUCCGGUCCACAGGCUUUAUACUGGAUGGUUUCCCUCGUACUGCAGAUGAAGCCAAAUAUUUGUCAGAACGAGGACUCUGUCCUGAUGUCGCAGUUUAUAUUCAAGUAGAAGACAGUGACAUUCUUGAGCGUCUUUUUCCUCCACGUCUGAAAAAAUGGAAAGACAAACAGCAUAAAAAAAAGGAAUAUAAAAAGAAGCUGAAGGACCUGAAAACAAAAAUGAGGAAUGAGAAGAUUGCUAAAAGAAGGGAAGAACUUUUAGCAGAACGAAAACAAAAGAAACAGGAGGCUCUAGCAAAUGAGGAGAAUCUUGAAGCCACUGAGGAGGAGGAUGAGAAUAAAAAUGAAGAAAUUGAAGCUAUACUUAAAGAAGAGUUUUUAGAAGAAGAAGAAGAAGAAGCAGAAGAAGAAGAAGAUGAAGAAGAGGCUGUUGAACGCAUGCAAAAUGAAAUUGCAGAAAAGUUUGAUUCAGAAGUAGAGAGAUUACAAAGUGUACAGGAAGAACUUGAAAAAUUAUUAAUACCACCAAUUGAGAUCAAUGGAGGACGGAAGCCUCAUGUCGUGCGCUACCAAGUGUAUAGCAAGCUGAAAUCUCUAACAGAAAAUCGUGAAAGCAUUUUUGAGAAAUGUUACCCAAUCAGUUUACCACUUGCAGAGAAGAUGCUAUUUCUCUCAUAUAAAUUUCCAAGUUCUUUUGGUCAGUGGGAUCCAAUCAAGCUAAGCAAAGGAGAUGUAAUCAGGCCUCACCAAAGCCAUGGAAAUGAAGUCUUUCCUGUAAUCCAUCGACAAUAUAUUUAUUUUUUUUCAAGUAAAGAAAAUAAAGAAACAUUUAUGACAAAUCCCAUCAAAUAUAUUCGUCAGCCAAAACCUAAACCGGCUGCACCAGUGAAGAUUGCAAUUGUGGGACCUCCAAAAUCUGGAAAGACUACAGUUGCUCAGAAGCUUGCCAGUGUGUAUGGAUUGCUGCGCCUGUGCAUGGGAGACGCCAUACGGCUGGUGAUAGACAGCCAGCCAGAGAGUGACUUGGCACUUAAGAUAAAGGAGCACCUUCAUAAAGGACUGACUGUACCUGAUGAACUGGCCAUCCAGGCUCUAGAUGUGGCUCUGCUAAACCCCAUGUGUAGCAUCACCGGAGUUGUAAUUGAUGGAUAUCCUCUAACAAGAAAACAAGUCAACCUCUUGGAAUCAGUGAAGAUAAUUCCAGUGAAAAUCUUUGAAUUAGAAAUGGAUACAAAGGAAGUGUUCAGAAGAGCACUGUUGGAUAAGGAAAGCACAAAGAGCCCUCCCUAUCCUGAACAUGACAGCUCACAGAUUCUAGCCAUUAAAAAUUCCUGCUAUAAACAGCACAUUGAUGCAAUUAGGACUUACUAUAUGAAGGAGCGUCAGAACUGGUGUGUGAUUGAUGCUGUUCAGAGCAAGUGGAAGAUCUGGAACAAAGUUACACAGGAAGUUCAAGUGGUUGUUAAACAAAUACAGAUAUACCUGGAAAGAAUAAGAGAAGGAAAAGCUGCCAGCAUUGCUGAUUUAUGUAUCACUUCCAAAGAGCUGCAGGAGCGGCUGGGGGAGUUUGGACAUUACUGUCCCGUCAGCCUUGCAGAGAAGGGUGAAUUGGUCGACUGCUCUGUAAUCUCCUCAUUGCAGUUUGCUGCGGAAUUUGAAGGGCGCUAUUACAAAAUGGCUUCACAGGAAGAACUGGAUAAAUUCUUGAUCACACCAGAGAUUUAUGUGUCAUCACUGGCACCUCACCCUCUCCCACCCCCCCAUAUGCUACCAAAGAAACUGACUGUGGCAGAAGUGAAGGCCUCAUUCCCUCUAAGGGCUGAAAUGCAGGGAUACUGUCCAGUCACUUACCUAGAUGGAAAACAGAGAUAUGAAGCCUUGGUGCCUGGCAAUAUUGAGUAUGCAGCAAAAUACCAAGAUAAAGUAUAUAUUUUUGAAAGUGAAGAAAAACUUCAGAAGUUUAUGAGGUUACCAGAGAAGUACUGGAAUCUGAAACUUCCCCAUAAACUCCCUCCAAAAAAGGAGCCAAUGCUACUAACUGCACUUCCUUUGGCUGGAUACCUUGAACAGGGAGUAGCAACUUCUCUAAUAAAAGCUCUGCAUGAAGUAGGCAGCCUUAAGCCAAAAUUUCCAUUCCUAAGUGUAAAAGAAACUGCUCUGCUGUUUGUCUCCUUCCAUUUAAAAGCAUACAACCCCCGGAGCUUGGAGACAGUGCGACAAAUGUACAGGAAGAAGCUGGUGCAGUUCUUGAAGCACUGCCAGCUCAUACCCUACCUGGGGACUGCCAUGGCAGGCCCAUACCGGGAACCAAGAGAUCGGCCCCUUGGCCUUGACGACAAGGUGCAGACUUUCUUUUCCCUGAAAGACAUGCGUCCCAGUUUUGUGUAGUGUGGGCUGUUUUCCCCCUCCAAUUUCCAUGGAUUAACACAUGGAGCGUUGCCGUGAGCCACCAGCAUGGCUGCAACGUGGCCCGUGAACAACGUCACACCUUCUCGGACCAGUUUCUUAAUCACAAAAUCUUAGAAAUAAAAUCUUUUGUCUGAAGUUGAAA